UUAAAUCUCGCGAUAACAAACGCGACUCGCCCCUGUUAACACGCAUAGGAAACCCUGCAUGUCCCUCUUCUUUUUGCUGUCCACAAGCAAGAUGCCAGGCGGUGGUGUAACCGUGAAAGACGUCAACCAGCAGGAGUUUGUCCGCGCGCUGGCAGCCUUCCUCAAGAAGUCGGGGAAGCUAAAGGUGCCAGACUGGGUUGACAUUGUUAAGCUGGCCAAGCAUAAAGAGCUGGCUCCCUGCGAUGAGAACUGGUUUUACAUCAGAGCUGGUGAGUGUGAUGUGCAUGAAACUAAGACUUUCAUGCAUUGCACUUUGUGCAAAUUCAUCCAAGCAGAACCACUCAUACUGUAGAACUAGGAUGCUGGC